CUCUCUAAAUUUGUCCAAUAUAAUCUCUCGUUUGCGUUUUCCGUUUGGAGUAAACGGUUUUGCAAAAUAAUCGACGUAAUGAUUACACCUCUGGUAGCGGUGUUGUUCCAUAUGCUCUGUUUGCCCCCGUUUGGUUCUUCAACGGCAAACGGUUUCCGUUGCAGGACGUAAUGAAUACACCACAGACGAGCUACGUACGCUGUUAUUUCACGAUACGGUUCCACAUUUAAUAGCGAAAGGAAAAAUAAUAAUAAUAAAUAGUUUUAGAGGUAGCUAAGCUAUGGUCGUUUUAACUGGGUCACACGACUCAACGGUGUGAUUUGUAGGCUAAGAAGCCUGCUCCUGAAUCCCUCUGUUAGCAGGAACCAGCAAUUUCAGCUAUGGGGAAUACAUCAUCAAGGAGUUAUUUCCCAGGAAUCGAAAUGCAACCUGCAAAAACAACUCUGUUCAAACAGGAGCAAACUGGGACAAGAUACAGAAUUCCAGCUCUCAUUUACCUAAAAGAGAGUCAGACAUUCCUCGCCUUUGCAGAAAAGCGCUCUUCCCUCAGUGACAGUGAUGCAAAAAGUAUUGUUAUGAGGCGAGGAACUCAACAAAAUGGAUCCACUCAGUGGUCAGAAUCCCAGGAGCUGUUAUCAGCAUGUUUACCAGACCAUCGCACCAUGAACCCCUGCCCGGUUUAUGAGAAGAAUACCAAGACUCUAUUCCUGUUUUUCAUCUGCAUUUUAGGGAACACUUCAGAGCACCAUCAGAUCUGGACAGGCAAGAAUAAGGCCCACCUGUGUUACAUCACAAGUAAUGAUGAGGGCCAGAGCUGGAGCCAGACAAAGGACUUGACAGAGAGUGUGAUUGGCAAAACGGUCAGAAGGUGGGCUACAUUUGCUGUGGGACCAGGCCAUGGCAUUCAAAUGGAGAGUGGAAGAUUGAUCAUACCUACCUAUGCCUAUUAUAUCCACUUCAAAUGCUUCUCCUUCCCCUUCCCCUUCAUGGUACAGCCUCAUGCUCUCUCAAUAUACAGUGACGACUUCGGUCAGACAUGGCAAAUGGGCAGGAUGCUUCAAAGAAAGUCCUGUGAAUGUGAGAUGGCAGAGAUCAUAGACCACGAGGGCAGGAGUCACCUGUACUGCAAUGCCCGCCAUGGAGGACACAGAGUGGAGGCUCUGAGUGAGAGCAGUGGGGUUUACUAUGACAAACCUCGCUUGGCUCCGAGGUUAGUGGAGCCAGGUCAUGGUGGUUGCCAAGGUAGUGUGAUUGGCUUCCCUGCCCCUGAGCAAGGUGAAGAGGGCAUGGGUGGUACCACAUCAUCACCACGGGCCUCAGACACGCAAACCUGGCUACUCUUCACCCACCCGACCAAUAAGAGGACGAGGAAAGACUUGGGCGUGUAUUUGAACCGUUCCCCACUGCACACGUCAGGUUGGGACCGGCCCUGGAUCGUCCACAGUGGACCCAGUGGCUACUCAGACCUGGCCUACAGUGAGGACACUGAGCACUUUGCUUGCCUGAUGGAAUGUGGGGAGAAGAGUGAGAUUGAACAGAUUGCUUUUGUGUCUUUUCCACUCAGUGAUGUCAUGCAGACCAUUGAUGAGAAAGAAAAAACCUUCUAGGUUUUCGUUAGGGUUGUACUCCAAUCAGAUUCAGUGAUCAGUAGAUGCAUUAUCAUCGCUAUACUUUAUUAGUAUAGAAAAAGAAGCAAUCUGAAAAGAAUAUGAUCAUUUAUAUCAAAGUUUUGUGUAGAAAAGGAAACUUACAGUCAAAUUUAAUUGAAAUGCAAUCAUAGUUAAAUGUGAUAUAAUCUGUAGAUGUGAUCAUUUUAUGAUGUCUGACUAUGGACUGCAAUGCAUGCUGUCAUGGGACGACAGUCUAUUUAAACAGCAUACGUUUGUUACUUAGUUCUGCAAUGUAACUCCUUUCACCUCUACAUUGAUUCAAAGGAUUCAGUUCCUCAUGCUUGCCAAGCACACUGUGAAAAGAACAACCACCUACAGGCCAUGACCAGGCCACAACUCUGCUCCCUGUUGAAUGAACAGACAUCCCUCAAUCAUGAAGUUGUUUGUUAUCUACUGUGACUCAUCUGUUCAAACUGCAUGGGCCUCCCAAUGCCACACUAUCCAACCCUGUCUUUAAGCACAUUGUAUCCCUGUCUGGACAGUUCAAACAUUCCCCAUAGCAUUAUAAAUGUUAUGACUAUGUAAUUUGUGAAUGUUAUUUAUAUAAUUUAUGCUGUUGUUCAGACCCUCUGUAAUUCACUGACAGUGAGCCACUCUGAAAAGUGUCUGCUAAAGGACAGAUCAGCUUCAUUUGCUGAGAACUCCAAUGUGCCAAAUUAGAUUAUUUUCCCAUCUCUAAAUAAUGCUACAAUAAUAGUCCUGUCUCAACUUCCUGCACAAUCCUGUCCCUGCCUGUAUCCUUGGCUAUGCAGGAAACAUAUUGUUAAUAAUUUCUGUGAAUGGCAUGCAGAACUAUCUUUUGAAAAUACAUUUUAAAAAUCUGAUAAACUAUGUUUAGCUUUUUGAUUUACAAAGUGUUGUGAACAAACAAUGUGAUGCAACUGCCUUUCACCUUUAUCUCCAGGCCAGGGUUUGACUUAUUUACCAGGUACAAGAAGAAAUCAGUUUAAUUAGUAACAUUUUAUUAUCAAAUAUGUAACAAAAGUGAACAAUCUUGCUUUCUUAUAAAAUACAGUGCAUUCGGAAAGUAUUCAGACCCUUUGACUUUUUCCACAUUUUGUUAUGUUACAACCUUAUUCUAAAAUUGAUUAAAUGGCUUUUUUCCCCAUCAUUAAUAUACACACAAUACCCUAUAAUUACAAAGCAAAAAUAAUUUAUAAUUUUUUGCAAAUUUAUAAAUAAAUAAAAAAUACUUUACUAUCAUAUUUACAUAAGUAUUCAGACCCUUUACUCAGUAUUUUGUUGAAGCACCUUUGGCAGCGAUUACAGCCUCAAGUCUUCUUGGGUAUGACGCUAGAAGCUUAGCACACCUGUAUUUGGGGAGUUUUCCCAUUCUUCUCUGUAGAUCCUCUUAUGCGCUGUCAGCUUGGAUGGGGAGUGUCGCUGCACAGCUAUUUUCAGGUCUCUCCAGAGACAUUCGAUUGGGUUCAAGUCCAGGCUCUGGCUGGGCCACUCAAGGACAUUCAGAGACUUGUCCCGAAGCCACUCCUGCUUUGUCUUGGCUGUGUGCUUAAGGUCAUUGUCCUGUUGGAAGGUGAACCUUUGCCCCAGUCUGAGGUCCUGAGCGCUCUGGAGCAGGUUUUCAUCAAGGAUCUCUGUACUUUGCUCCGUUCAUCUUUCCCUCGAUUCUGACUAGUCUCCCAGACCCUGCCGCUGAAAAACAUCCCCACAGCAUGAUGCUGCUGCCACCACCAUGCUUCACUGUAGGGAUGGUGCCAGGUUUCCUCCAGACGUGACGCCUGGCAUUCAGGCCAGAGUUCAAUCUUGGUUUCAUCAGACCAGAUAAUCUUGUUUCUCAUGGUCUGAGAGUCUUUAGGUGCCUUUUGGCAAACUCCAAGCGGGCUGUCAUGUGCCUUUUACUGAGGAGUGGCGUCCGUCUGGCCACUCUACCAUAAAGGCCUGAUUGGUGGAGUGCUGCAGAGAUGGUUGUCUUGGAAGGUUCUCCCAUCUCCACAGAGGAACUCUGUCAGAGUGACCAUCAGGUUCUUGGUCACCUCCCUGACCAAGGCCCUUCUCCCCUGAUUGAUCAGUUUGGACCGUCAGCCAGCUCUAGGAAGAGUCUUGGUGGUUCCAAACUUCUUCCCUUUAAGAAUGAUGGAGGCAACUGUGUUCUUGGGGGCCUUCAAAGCUGCAGAAAUGUUUUGGUACCCUUCCACAGAUCUGUGCCUCAAAACAAUCCUGUCUGCGAGCUCUACGGACAAUUCCCUUGACCUCAUGGCUUGGUUUCUGCUCUGACAUGCAGUCAACUGUGGGACCUUAUAUAGACAGGUGUGUGCCUUUCCAAAUCAUGUCCAAUCAAUUUAAUAUACCACAGGUGGACUCCAAUCAAGUUGUAGAAACAUCGCAUGGGUGAUUAAUGGAAACAGGAUGCACCUGAGCUCAAUUUCGAGUCUCAUAGAAAAGGGUCUGAAUACUUAUGUAAAUAAGGUAUUUCUGUUUUUAUUUUUUAUACAUCUGCAAAAAUGUAUAAAACCUGUUUUCGCUUUGUCAUUAUGGGGUAUUGUGUGUAGAUUGAUGAGGGGAAAAAUAUUUAAUCCAUUUUAGAAUAAGGCUGUAACGUAACAACAUGUGGAAAAAGUCAAGGGUUCUGAAUAUUUUUGAAUGCAUUGUAUAAUAGUAUAAACUCAGAAUACCUCUUCCAUAAUGCAACGUUGUGUACAGUAUAAGAAUAACUACUCAUAGCGUGGAACAACUACUCAUAGCAUGUAAUAACUACUCAUAGCAUGUAAUAACUACUCAUAGCAUGUAAUAACUACUCAUAGCAUGUAAUAACUACUCAUAGCAUGGAAUAACUACUCAUAGUAUGGAAUAACUACUCAUAGCAUUGAAAAACUACUCAUAACAGUGUAAUUUUUACAUCAUCUUAUCCUAUCACAAUAAAAUGUGCUAUACAGAGGA